GCCAUAAACGCAGACUCUCUGACCGUAGCUUCUCCCUCGCCAUAGCUACUGUACCCCCUCGUCAGUGUGACCCCCAACAACGUUUGAGUGGGUGCAGACAAGCAUCUCACCAUAGCUUCUCCCUCGCCAUGUCUAGCUCAAAAUCGGGUAGUUCAAAUUGUACGGGCCAAUAUGAAUAUGGAGAGUGGAUUCCGGUGAAGCAUUGUGAAUGUGGGCAACGAAUGAAGAUGUUGACAACUUGGAAACCAGAGAAUUGUGGGAGAAGGUUUUGGAAAUGCAUUGGAAGUCAGAGAUUUGAAGGUUGUGGUUUGAUGGAGUGGUUUGACCCUCCGAUGUGCAAAAGGUCUCAAAACAUAAUCCCUGGAUUACUGAAAAAACUGAAUGGCUAUGAAGAAAAAAUCCAUUCAUUGGAAUUGAAGGUUGAAACAUUGGAGACAAACUGGUUCAAACCACAGAAGAAGAAGACAAAACGUAGUAUCUGCAUUACAGUGGUGUGCUUUAUGUGUGUUGUGGUUAUUAUUGUUUCAGUGUGCUUGAAAGGAAAAUAAUGUAAUGUAGUGAGGUGUGUGAUGAUGUACUUGUAAAAGCUUUGUAAAAGCUGUUGAUUAUCAUGAUUUGGUAUGAAAUGAAAUGAAAGUUAUAUGAUCA